UGCACGCGUUCGAGACUAGCCUUUUCGCUGUCGAAAAGAACGCGUAGACAUUUCCUAUACGUGCCCCAACGCAAGCUCUAGUCCUCGGUCGCUGGCAAACCAUGGACACCACGGAGCCAUACAGCGAGGUCCUCAUCAUGGCCUUAAUCCUGAUAGGCGCCAUCGCGCUGUUCGUGGUGCUGUGGCUGCUGAUGCGCAAGUACGGGCCUUCCCCCGAGAAAGCGUCUGGCGGCGGUGGGGCACCGAGCGGGGUCGCCCAGGUUCCGCACCCGCCGCAAACGACGACGGGAGACGCCGCAACGAUUACGCAGCCACCGGUCCUCGCAGAUCGGAAUGCAGCCGAGCCGACCGCUGAGCCGGCGUCCGACAAGUCUCCCAGCGGCGCAACGUCCGUCGAGCGGGUGGCUAGAGGCGCCAUGUCCCCCGGACGCCGCUUUGCGAAUGCCGCCCAGAAGCCUUCGGUGGGCUGGAACAUUGCCGCCAGGGAGCAGACGGCCAGCAUGCAGGAGGCCCUGUCUUCCGCUCCAGAAGGGGUUCAGACACAGGCCCUUGCGGAUCGCAAGAAAACCGAAACCGAGGAGGCGCCGUCCCCCACGCUUCACAGUGGCACGGCGUCCGUUGAGCUCGCGGACGGGGGUGCUGGGUCACCCGGACAGCGUUUCGCGAACGCCGCGCGCAGGGCCUCAGUAGCCGUGAGUCGUGCCGUCAAGCUACAGACGACCAACAUCCUGGAGUCCCUGGCCAUCGGCAGCGAAGCAGUUCAGACGAACGCCCUUCCGGAUCGCAAAAGGAGUGUAGUGCCGCAGUCCGACAGGGCUCGCUUCGGCGCGGAGUCCCCCGUCCAGUCGCCAGAGGGCACCCAGUCUCCUCGUCAACGCUUCGCGAACGCCGCACGCAAGGCUUCGAUGGCCGUGGGCCGCGCCGUCAAACACCAGGCGACCAAUAUGCUGGAGGUUAUGUCAUCCGGUGCCGAAGGGGUUAAUACGCAAGCCCUCGAUGAAAAAAAGGCGAUCGAACCCGAGGAGCCGCCCUGCGACCGAGAUCGGCGCGCCAUGGUGACCGCUGACCACCCGGCAGAUGGCACCGUGUCUCCCGGACGCCGCUUCGUGAACGCCGCCCGCAAGGCCUCGGUGGCCGUGAGCCACGCGGUCAGGGUGCAGACGACCCACAUCCUCGAGUCCCUGUCCACCGGUGCCGACAUGGUCCAGGUUGCUUCGGACGAGACUACCUCCAACCGCAAAGCCUCGUCGCCAACCGAGCAGGGAGGCGAAGCGAAGCCUACGAUGGCCGUUGCUCCUCCCAAAGAUGGCGGCGUCGUGGAAACGGACGCCAAAGCACACAAGAAUCCAUUGAUUCCUGGUCAGCCCAGCCCGACCAGAACGGCAUCGCCUGCGGCGACCCUUGCGGACAAGCGGGAGGAUGAGCCAAAGGUUGAGGCUGCCGGCGAGAAAAAGCCACUGGAGUUGAUAGACGAAGCCAAGCCGAGCCAGCCACCGCUGCCCACUGGUUCCAACGUCGCGCCCCCUAGAGGCGGCACAGCAGCGGCCUCUGACGGCGGCGGAGCCAAGGCAAGAGAAGGAGCGCUAACGCCGCCUGGUGGAGAUAACGUCGCGGCAGGCAUGUCUAGCCCGCGUCCCAACAGCGCGGACCACUCGCCCGCCGACGAGAGUGCUCUACUGCCGCGGGAGACAACGUCGAACAUCGGCAAGUCUACCCACCGCCAUCGUAGAAAGUCCAAGAAGAAAAUUUUCGCCGGCAGUGCCGCCAGCGGCAGCUUGGUGCAAUCGCCCGCUUUGUCCGGUAUCAGAAGGUCCAGCGCAAAAAGGCUGAGCACCCACCACAAAGUCCCAAAGAUGCAAGAGCUUUCGGACCAAUGAACCAGAAUCUCAUACGCAACGAAGGUGACAACGAGAAAGAGAUAGAAACAGAAGAAGCAGAAAUCGUUUGUGUGCACUGGCGUCACGUGUUCCCGAGAUCUCCGGAGUGCGUGUUGCGGAGGAUUUUUUUUAAUUACGCUUCAAAGUGUCCUUUCGUGUUUUGGAGAAAAAAGCGGUAUUAUGCGCACAAGACCGCAGACAAUGCUGUUUGUGCUUUACGUGACUGUUGCAAGUUGAUGUAGCCUGACGACUUAUCAGUGUUAGUAAGGACGCUCGAGUUUUUUCGUUCACGCUGAACGAAUGUGUGUUUCCUGCCUGAAGAAUUUUUCCUUUGCUGCUUGUGGACGAUUACAUCUCUCCCUCACUACGCCGGCAGAUCCGCAUACCUUUGCAGCCAGCAGGACACUGAAAUGACUCUUUGUGCGCACAUUGCCGCGAAUAUGAUAUAGUGAACAUAUGUGGUGCUCACUUUCAGGAAGACAAAGCAGCCAGCCCCGAGGUACCUUUUUCUUUUCCUUUUUUCUUUUGAAUGAGAUUCCUAUUUCCCGCUUACUUCUGUUCUAUUUUCCCACAGUUGGAAUUAUUCGUCUGCCUUAGUACUUAUCUGAUUGCGGGAUGGUUGCCCACCUUCCGCCACUGGCGGGCAGGUUUUAGUUGCCAAGUCUAAAGCGACGGCAAUAUAACACGUGGUUUCGACGUCUAUUCGGCAGCUUUUCUACCGGCUCCCGGCGUGCAAACGCUGCUGAUUAUGAGAGAGCAUUUGUUGUAAAAUGGUAAUAAACAAUACGCCCAACCACA